AUGGGGCGUCGGGCGCCGCCCGCCUGCCUCGCGCUGCUGUGGGGCUGCGCGCUGGCCGCGGCCUUCGCGGCGCAGGGCAAGGAAGUUGUCCUGUUGGAUUUCGCUGCGGCUAAAGGGGAGCUCGGCUGGCUCACACACCCCUAUGGCAAAGGGUGGGACCUCCUGCAGAACAUCAUGAACGACGCGCCCAUCUACAUGUACUCCGUGUGCAACGUGGUGGCCGGCGACCAGGACAACUGGCUCCGCACCAACUGGGUCUACCGCGGGGAGGCCGAGCGCAUCUUCAUCGAGCUCAAGUUCACCGUGCGGGACUGCAACAGCUUCCCCGGGGGUGCCAGCUCCUGCAAGGAGACCUUCAACCUCUAUUACGCCGAGUCGGACGUGGACUACGGCACCAACUUCCAGAAGCGCCAGUUCACCAAGAUCGACACCAUCGCGCCCGACGAGAUCACGGGCAGCAGCGACUUCGAGGCGCGCAACGUGAAGCUGAACGUGGAGGAGCGGUCCGUGGGGCCGCUGACACACAAGGGUUUCUACCUGGCCUUCCAGGACGUGGGCGCCUGCGUGGCGCUGCUCUCUGUGCGCGUCUACUACAAGCAGUGCCCCGAGCUGCUCAAGGGCCUGGCCCGCUUCCCCGAGACCAUCGCCGGCUCCGACGCGCCCGCCCUGGCCACGGUCGCGGGCACCUGCGUGGAGCACGCCGUGGUGCCCCCCGGGGGCGAGGAGCCGCGCAUGCACUGCGCCAUGGAUGGCGAGUGGCUGGUGCCCAUUGGCCAGUGCCUGUGCCAGGCGGGCUACGAGAAGGUGGAGGACGCCUGCCAGGCCUGCUCGCCGGGGUUCUUCAAGCCCGAGGCAUCCGAGAGCCCGUGUCUGGAGUGCCCCGCACACACCCUGCCAUCCUCCGAGGGUGCCACCACCUGCGAGUGUGAGGACGGCUACUUCCGGGCCCCGCAGGACCCGCUGUCCCUGCCCUGCACGCGACCCCCGUCCGCCCCGCACUACCUCACGGCUGUGGGCAUGGGUGCCAAGGUGGAGCUGCGCUGGACGCCCCCCCAGGACAGCGGGGGCCGCGAGGACCUCACCUACAGCGUCUCCUGUGAGCAGUGCUGGCCCGAGUCAGGCGAGUGCGGGCCCUGCGAGGCCAGCGUGCGCUACUCGGAGCCGCCGCUGGGGCUGACCCGCACCAGUGUGACCAUCAGCGACCUGGAGCCCCACAUGAACUACACCUUCACCGUGGAGGCCCGCAACGGCGUCUCGGGCCUGGUGAGCACCCGCAGCUUCCGCACCGCCAGCGUCAGCAUCAACCAGACCGAGCCCCCCAAGGUGAAGCUGGAGAGCCGCAGCACCACCUCGCUGAGCGUCUCCUGGAUUAUCCCUCCGCUGCAGCAGAGCCGCGUGUGGAAGUAUGAGGUCACCUACCGCAAGAAGGGCGACUCCAACAGCUACAACGUGCGGCGCACGGAAGGCUUCUCGGUGACGCUGGACGGCCUGGCCCCAGACACUGCCUACCUGGUGCAGGUGCAGGCGCUGACGCAGGAGGGCCAGGGUGCGGGCAGCAAGGUGCACGAGUUCCAGACGCUGCCCACGGGAGGGUCUGGCAACACGGCAGUGGUUGGCGGUGUGGCUGCUGGUGCGGCCUUGCUCCUGGUGCUGGCAGGAAUCGGCUUCUUCAUCCACCGCAGGAGGAAGAGCCUGCGGACACGCCAGUCCUCGGAGGACGUUUACUUCUCCAAGUCGGAACAACUGAAACCCCUGAAGACCUAUGUGGACCCCCACACCUACGAGGACCCCAACCAGGCUGUGCUCAAGUUCACCACGGAGAUCCAUCCGUCCUGCGUCACGCGGCAGAAGGUGAUCGGAGCCGGAGAGUUUGGGGAGGUGUACAAGGGCACCCUGAAGGCGUCGGGGAAGAAGGAGGUACCUGUGGCCAUCAAGACGCUGAAAGCUGGCUACACGGAGAAGCAGCGAGUGGACUUCCUCAGCGAGGCCAGCAUCAUGGGCCAGUUCAGCCACCACAACAUCAUCCGCCUGGAGGGCGUGGUCUCCAAGUGUGAGUCCCGGCUCCGGGCUGGGGGUGGGGGACCCCCGUACGGGACGGGAGGGGUGCCUGCUGGGGCCCCCGGUAGGGCCUCUGCUGCGAGCUGCGCCCCUGCCCUGACACCUGUGCGCGCCUCCGCAGACAAACCCCUGAUGAUCAUCACCGAAUACAUGGAGAACGGGGCCCUGGACAAGUUCCUGCGGGAGAAGGACGGCGAGUUCAGCGUGCUGCAGCUGGUGGGCAUGCUGCGAGGCGUUGCGGCUGGCAUGAAGUACCUGGCCAGCAUGAGCUACGUCCACCGCGACCUGGCCGCCCGCAACAUCCUCGUCAACAGCAACCUGGUCUGCAAGGUGUCUGACUUCGGCUUGUCCCGCGUGCUGGAGGACGACCCCGAGGCCACCUACACCACCAGCGGUGGCAAGAUCCCAAUCCGCUGGACGGCUCCGGAGGCCAUUUCCUACCGGAAGUUCACCUCGGCCAGCGAUGUGUGGAGCUACGGCAUCGUCAUGUGGGAGGUGAUGACGUAUGGGGAGCGGCCCUACUGGGAGCUGUCCAACCAUGAGGUGAUGAAGGCCAUCAGCGACGGCUUCCGGCUGCCCGCGCCCAUGGACUGCCCCUCCGCCAUCUACCAGCUGAUGGCACAGUGCUGGCAGCAGGAGCGCUCCCGCCGCCCCAAGUUCGCCGACAUCGUCAGCAUCCUAGACAAGCUCAUCCGCGCCCCCGACUCCCUCAAGACCCUGGCUGACUUUGACCCCCGGGUGUCCAUCCGGCUGCCCAGCACCAGCGGCUCCGAGGGCGCGCCGUUCCGCUCGGUGCCCGAGUGGCUGGAGUCCCUCAGAAUGCAGCAGUACACGGAGCUCUUCCUGGCGGCCGGCUACACCUCCAUCGAGGAGGUGGUGCAGCUGAGCAGCGACGACAUCAAGAGGAUUGGGGUGCGGCUGCCUGGCCACCAGAAGCGCAUUGCCUACAGCCUGCUGGGCCUGAAGGACCAGGUGAACAUGGUGGGGGUCCCCAUCUGAGCCCUGACGCCCUCGAGAACCAUCUGCUGAGAAUACUUGAAGAAGAAACGGACUGGCUUCCUUCCGCACUGGGCCACCAGGGACCGUAUUUAUUUCCAGUUUUUCUUUGUUGACACCAUCCUGAGGCCUCUGCUGCGGGGAGGUCUUCGACGAUACCUUGGCCUGAGCUGAGGAGAUGCUCAGGGAUCCUGGGCCGGACCGCCUCUUCGCUGACAGAGGACCGACCAGGCCUCCACUCAGGCGGCAGCUUCGUCGCGUUCCCAGCAUCCCCGCCAAGGCCGCGGACCCACAGGUGGGCCAUCACCACAGUGACCAUCGCCUCACUGACCAUCUCCACGCGGGCCAUCGCCACGGUGACCAUCUCCACGGUGACCGUCACCUUGCUGACCAUCACCUCGCUGACCCCCGCCUUCCAGAGGAGGAGCAGGGACCUCUUGCUGAGAUGAGGAGGAGCCACACUCAGCGGGCAAGACCCAGCGCGGUCCUUAGCCCCCAGCCCCGUCCUCAGCCCCCACGGGCCAAACUCUUGCUCCCCCGGGGCCCCCGCAGGAUGCUUGGUUGUGUGGAGAUUUUUAAAAAUAUAUAUAUAUUUUGUACCUUGUGGAGAGGAUGUGUGUACAGCGGGGGGCCUGGCUGGGGCUCGGGGCAGACAGCGCCUGCAUCGGACAUUCCCAGACCCGCUC